AUGCAGCCAACUGCAUGCAAGACGUGUUGUUCGGCUUGCGUCACUUCGCCACCCCCUGUGACUCCUCCAGAGAAUACGGCGUAUUCCGUACGAAACUUCUUCGCUGCCGGAGUUCUGAAGUUUGGCGUUGCAUUACAAGAGUCUGCCCACUGCAUAUGCAGCCACUGGCAUGCUGAAGAUCAUUGGCAUGGUUUCGACCACACUACAAUUCUGCCUUUGAUCACCACCGCGGAGGAUGAUGUGACCCUUCGCGAGCUCAACUUCCUCCUUCGAGAACGUUUUAUCGCGCUUUCGUGGUGCUUAUCUCCGUGCAAGACCAGAGUGUAUAUUCGUGUAUACCUCAUACCUCACGACCUCGGGGGUGUGCAGGGCAAACUGCGGAGACGGGGCGAGCAUAUACUCACCCCUGCGCGAAAAUACUUAAAACGCAUCUUGCCCCUCAUCGUACAAAAUCAUGCGCUCUGGGAUGGCCUCGAGUACGACGUGUCUGGAUCUGUGCAAAAGGCAUUUCUGCCGAAUAAACUGGAUCCACGAACCAUGGCAGAGAUAUACGGCGACCUACCCUCGCCUCAAGUCGACCUCACUGACCCCGGAGUUCCGGAUAGUGCUCGCCAAGUUUGUGCGGCCGACUCGCUCCCGGGACUGCGCAGCAGCCUCCACGACUAUCAACGACGUUCUGUCGUUGCAAUGAUAUGCAAGGAAACAUGCUCGGGAACAUGCCCCGAUCCGCUGUACAUUACUCUGCAUAGCAUGGACGGUGAACCGCUCCACUUUCAGCCAGCUACCGGCGAAGUCGUUCGAGAGAGGCCAGUUGUAACGUCCAGCCGCGGAGGCAUUCUCUGUGAAGAACUCGGUACGGGCAAGACAGUCAUGAUUCUGUCCCUGAUAAUGGCUACGCUGGACGAACUACCUGCACCUGAAGAGUCCAUCUUGGACACCCGACCGGUACUGACGCCCAUUAGUAUGAGAGUUUUCUCCACCACGGAGGCAAAAGCUGCACGCAAGAGGGCAUCGCGAGGAGGCCGAACGAUCGCACCGCCUGUCGGAGGCGUGCCUACACUUGUUGAGAUGUCGCUACACUGGUCAAGAUUGCACCCAGCAAAAUCAGGCCUUCGACAAUUUGAGGACCAAUUAGCACGCACGAACCUUCUGCCGAUGCUUACAGGGAAUGUGCCGUUUUAUCACCAUUUCAUUGUUGACGGUCUGGAGCAGGACUCCUCAAGGCGCAAGACGAGUGGUGCUGGUCCAAGGACCAUGCACAUAACAUCUGCCACGCUCGUGAUUGUCCCUCCCAACCUGGUCGCUCAGUGGCAAAGGGAGAUACAGAAACAUUGCGAGGACGGCCUCCGAGUCCUCACAGUGAACAAGGACGCGGAUCUCCCGCGUCCAAGUGAGCUCGCGUCCAAUUUCGAUGUGAGUACUAAAAAUCUCAUAGUAUUCUCCUCUGAGGGAAAGAAAACCAAUAUCACGUCGUUACAUGACUGGAACAGCUGCACCUGCCUCCCGUUCCCAGGCACUCGCGUACCUCGGUGCCAGUGUGACGAGAUCCGCACGGACGUAUCGUCUCUUCUGAGGGUGCGCUGGAAGCGUCUUGUCAUAGACGAAGGGCAUGUUUCCGCAACCGUGGCAACGACUCUCACCCCGUUUGCUAAAUUGCUGAGCGUCGAGCGGCGCUGGAUUGUUACCGGAACCCCAACCACCAAUAUGCUCGGUUUCAGCUUCGGCUCCAUUUCACAAAACAGAGACACGGUAACUGACCAUGAUGACUCUCUGCUCGUGCCUACCGAAGCUUUGGAUGGUCUUGAAGACGAGCAUGAAGGACACGAUGACGUCAAUGUCGGGGCAGACAACACGUCCAGGCGUUGGACCUUAGAGGACCGGCAAGACCUGCAUAAACUCGCAACCAUGAUCAGUCACUUCCUUUCUGUUCCGCAAUUUGCCACGACCCCAAAACUCUUUACAACUCACGUCAUCGCACCCUUGUUCGACAUCAACGGCCCACGAGCUGGUCCAAUUCAAGUCCUGGAACAAGUCAUGCAGAUGGCGAUGGUUCGACAUCGAAUUUCCGAUGUCGAACAUGAAGUGACAUUGCCUCCUAUGAGGAAGGAAACUGUGCUACUCGACCUUCAUCCCCUCGCUGUCAAAUCUUACAACACUUUGCAAAGCCUGAUUGCCAUAAACGCUGUGGAUUCUGAGAGGGUCGAUCAGGAUUACCUUUUCCACGCUAGGAAUACCCGUACUCUCCUGCAGAUCGUGGAGAACAUCAGUCAGACUCUGUUCUGGAGAACAGACGAUGAGCUCCUGGAGCAGGUUCGAGAUGCUCUGCAGAAGUCAGACAAGACUCUUUCCAACGCUGUUCAGCGAAACCGACCUGAAGACGACCAUUUGCUGCUAAAAUCUGCGUUCCAUCAUCUACAAGAGGCAAUGAAAGACGGCAUAUGGCGAGCAUCACAGGACUGCAUCGAUCUACCGUACGAAGUCCGCAAUAUCGACAGGACAAUAUUCGCCCACUGGACUCGCUCACAAGUUUACGGCCUGUCACGUCCCCGGGAUAGCGGCGCCGAGGAUGACCAUAUUGUUGCGUACAUGCACCCAGACCGACUUGAGAAGAUGCGAGAGUUUGUCGUUGCGCAGCCACUUGCAUCGAAGGAGCGAAUAUGCAACCAAGGCUCGGCGGUAUGCGAAGCUGAUGCUCGCCAGCAUCAACUUCAUGAACUCAAUCAGCUCAUGCGGAAGGGGGGGAAGCGGAGGCGUGAAGAGGAUGAUGCAGGUCGUGUAAUAGGCAGGGCCAGGGAGUCGGCGAAGAAAACAAUCGUGAGGGAGAGAAUCGAGGAGCUUCGAAAGGAAUACCUUAUUGCCCAAGCGCGGCUCCAGGUUGUCAGCACGCAUGAAAGCCAGCAUCCUUCUGGUUCUGUGCCCCUCGAGGACAAAUCAUCGAUAACCACGCCAAAUACCCCCUCUCUCAGUUUUCUUGCCUCCUCACCACUGGCCAAUGUCCGCAUUGGAUCAUCUGGUUCUUCCAAGCAGAACUACAUUCUUAGAGAGGUUUUGCGUCAUGCACCGACCGAGAAGUUUCUGAUAUUCUCCAAAAGCCCUCUGACCCUUGCUCAUGUAGCGGAGGGUCUUGACCUUUCUGGUAUCAAAUACCUCCAAUCCACAAGGGUCAGUGUUAGGAUGCGAGAACAACUUGUGCUCACAUUUGAGACAUCCGACGUAUACCGCGUAUUCUUAAUGGAGCUCAAACACGGGGCCCGUGGAUUGAAUAUGGUCACGGCGUCCCGUGUCCUCUUCUGCGAGCCGGUGUGGGAGGCUGACGUCGAAACUCAAGCAAUCAAGCGAGCGCACCGUAUUGGGCAAACACGCCCAGUAAAUGUGAAGACACUUGCCAUCCGUGGAACAUCCGAAGAGUACAUGGUCAAUCGACGCAACACGUUGAAGGAGCAGUUCGCAGUAAGCACGAACAAGUCACCCGAGUUUCUAAAGGAAAAGGGCGUACGGGACUUCAUCGCUAACCCGACAUUCCUUCAUCCGUGCUCCACGACCGGGAUGCUAGGAUUAGAUAUUCCGCUUUUGCCCAUAUCUCAAGGUUCCGCUGCGAACCGUCCAGGAGACUCGGGAGGAGUGAGUCACGAGAGUGUUUUCGUGUCCGACAUACCUACGGAUGGAGCGCGAUCGGCGGAAGAUCACUUGCAAGCAUCGAGUAGCAUGGACCGUAGCAUGGAUCACCACUCUCCUCCGAAGAAGUUGAGAAGCGUGCGAUUUGCGGAUUGA